GCCGCGAUUACAACUGUUUUGGCGGGCUCUUAGUAUUUUUCCUAAACGUAGGUAGUAUAUAUGCCUUGUCAGGAUCGACCGAAGUCUUCUCCUUUGUAACUUGCUAUCCACACGUUAAAUACUUGUAGUAGUAAAGAGCACAUGGAAGUCUUCAUGGAUCAUUCCAACCGCUCAUCUAACUCUGUUAACCACCAAACAAAAAAAGAACGUAAUGUGCAUGGGAAACCCGAGUGGCAGAAAAGUGCAAUCAGGACUUGUGGGUACUGGUCAGAGCAGUUAAGCUCCAAAGGCAAGAUAUACUUUUACAACUGUAUGACUGAGGUUUCCCAAUGGCAAAAGCCUCCGGAGUGGGAUUUACCUGAAAUGAACAGGAGAGAUCUACUAAAGCUGCUCAGUGAUCGUAAACACACUGAAGAAAACAAUCUGAAAAGAUCACAUAGUAUAUCCGAAAGUGAACCUAGUGCAAUUAAAGAUGAACGUUCACUUCUAUCUAGUGAACUGAAACGCACAAAGUAUUCUGUCAAUGCGGAGGUUCGGCGUCCAAGUUCAUCACAUCUGAGCAUUAAUAUGUCCAACCAUACCGCUGAUGUAGGUCAUAUCACAGGAAUUUCCCACAAUGACGGAAAAACCCAUGUUAGCCGUCCUGUGGCUCAUGAUUUUCGGUACGAUCCAUUGAGGAAAGCGAAGCUAAAUCAUCUUCCACCGAGGACUUUCACAACAGAUGAUAUGGAAAUAUCUCCAAAUAGUUCCCCAUUGUCAGAUGAGAGCUCUACAAAAUUUCCACCUAGUAGACAGUUCUCUCCCCAGAAGUCCAAUAUGAACUUUUGUUCACCAGGUACCCUCAGCUUACAGCGUCCCAGGGACUGCAAAUCUAAAGCAACAGUGGUCCCGGUUCGCGAUGCUGGCCAAAAACCAGAAAAAUCUACCUUAUAUCAAUUAGUGGAUGCUAUCCGAGCUUCCAUAGGGGGUUUGCUCGAACAGCCACCUAAAUCCUUAUCCUGCACCUCUGUAAAAACCCCUGUUAAUGGUUCAAUUUAUGAGUCAUCCAAAGUGUCAGUUCCUUCGGAAAACAGUCAGAUGGCCACUAACCAGCUUUCCCCAAGCACUAUCUCAAGAAGAUAUAAACAAUGCGAUGUCCAUUUCGAUGGCCGAAUAUGUUCACCCACUAUCUUAAAUUCCAGGCACCUGACAAAAAUGGACAGUCCUGUUGCAUAUCCCAGUUCAGUCAACGUUGAGUCUCAGAAUUGUAAUGUACAUAAAGGCUCCUCAUAUGAUCGUGGUCAGGGUUACACAACUGGUACUAAGAUACUAUAUCCUGUGGGCGAUCCAGGACAUACAGUAAGCUCUAAUCACAGUCCAGCAUAUCCCAAUCCCGUCACUUCUCAGGGCGAAAACCAUCGUUUCCCUUCUAAUGCAACUCAUCCUGUUUGCCGUAGUAUUUCGCAUCAGAAUAGUCCAGCUGUGAUUUGCAGUCCACAUAAUCCAAACAAUACCACCACAUCUGUUUCUAGUGCAUCACAUCAAACUUGUGUCUCUCUAUCUCAGUAUGAUUUGUCGUCACGUCAAGUUGACAAGAUCAUCGAAAUUUUGGCUGAACAGGCUCACUGUCAAAGUACAACUGAGGAAUAUAAUUUCAACAAAAAUGUAUCACUUAGCUCUAGCAGAUUACCAGAAAAUUUAAAAGGAUCCACAUCACCUGGACAUUCAACCCGAACAUUCAUUUCACAGACCCUUCAAACCAACCAUUCUUUGAACAGAGAUUCCGUAAAUCCUAACACUCGAUCACAACACACCCAGUUAAAUGACCUUGUACAGGUUCUUAAAGCAGCUCUGCAUCACCAUACUUCCAACCAUAUAUCUGUAGAUUCUGCAACAUCCGUACAGUCAAAUAAUCGUCUCAAUACUUGUCCACAUUUAAAUUCAGAUCUUCCUGUCAAUAAAAAAGGUCUUGAGAACAAAGAUGAUAUCUCUACGACAACUCAUGUUAGCCCUACCUUUCCAUUACAGAGCGGCAUGUUGCGGACCAACGCUUCCAGCCGAUUGAAUACGGACUCAUUUCUGUUCAAUAAAGGCAAUUCUGGACUAGACACAUCAGCGUCUCCUGUAUCUGCUUGCAAUUUUUCAGAUGUUAACAAACCCUGUAAUACGGUUGAACAUACACCGGAUGUAGACAAAAAGGAGAUUGCAAAUUUACCAAGUCCUUCUUCUGUUUCCCCAUCAGUUCGUUCAAGUCAUUCUACCGCUAUGGCAGCUGACGUCACAACUAAAAGAGGUUUCUCACCUGCUACACUGUCGGAAAGUGGGUCUAGAUUAGAAAAGAUUACGGAUAUCCUAAACAGCUUCGAGAUGAAGUCUUUUUUUGAUCCUAUAUUUAUUUAUAAAUAUCAAGAUGAUACUUUGCAACGUCUUGAACAAGAAGUAAGUUUAACCCCAGUCAAAAUGAUUAUAAAAUCCCCCAGUUAUGUUAUAAUCUUCAUUCAAAUUAAUAUUUUCUUGCUUCAGGCUCAAAUGGAGUCGAAAAAUUUCGAUCGACUACAGAGUGUUCUUUAUGGUGAACUAUCAGCUGAAUCCAAAAAGUUGCGCGCUUUAGUACGAAUAAGUGAAGCGAAACUCGCAAUUCAUAAAGAGAAACAAACAUCAUUGCAAGAACUAAUGGACGCGAUUGAAGUGCGAAAGCAUCUACCUAAUUUGUCUUUCGUAGAUGAUGUAUUGUAGAUAACUCGAACUUCUGUUACAUACUUUCUUUGUGUGAUAAUGUUGGUUUUUCCGGAUCCUGUUCAUUAAUUUCAAAUUGUACAACUUCAUAGUCGCUGUUCUACCACAGUAUUUCCCAAGUCUCGAUAACUGGAUCUUCAUUUUCCAUUCUAUCUAAACAUCGUGAUCUUGUUUAUUUUCCCAAAACCGGCUAUCAAUUCUUAUUCUAUUUUCUUAUAGCUCUCUUCAAUCCAUUGUGUAUCAAUGAUCAACAUUUUUUUUGUAAGUGAUUGUACAGUUGUACACUUUCUUAGACUUUGUCAGAGUUUAACUGAUGUUUUCUGCUCUUCUUUGAACAAUUGCCUAAUUCAAUAAAAUUAUGGAAAAAACACUGAAGUCAAGAGUAUUUAAACAAACUUUGAACAUUUUUAUUGGAAUUCAAACAUAAAAAAGUACAUAAGCGCACGAGGGUAUGUGCUACCGAUUGCAAGGAGAUCCACAACUGUUCUUAUAUUACUAACAUUGUGAGCAGGGGAUAAAAAAAAUUAAUAAGGCGCUGUACAACUCUUUACAGGAAACAAAAUAACAAGCGUAAGGAAAUCACUGUCAUUUAAAGGAUUAGUACAAAGUCUGAUUGAAGGUAAUGAAAUGGAGAGAAAAUGUGUAUUUCGAUAGUAAUUCGAAUAUCAUCACGAGUGCUUCCGCGCAGUCCACCGAUCAGUUUGUUUGAUGCUAAUGACGUACAGCAGCCUCCUGAAAUAUAAAAAGACGUCAUUGUACUCAAAUAACAAAUUGGAACAACGUUGAUACUCAUAGUUUAUUACAGGUAUGCUUAUUUGGGAAUCCACUGAACCUAAUUCUAUUGAGUUAGCGCGUUCAAUAAGGGUUCAGGUUAGUUUAUUCUUAAAUACCAAUGUUAUCUACGGAGAUAAGCUUUCUAUACACAUUCUGCAGAGACAGCGGGUCUUGAGACCAAUCCUUAGUUAAUCGUAGGUGGAUUUUCAAGCUACAACAGAGUAGCUGUUCAGUCCUACUUUAUAAUGAUUUCCGAUCAUAGCGGAUCGUGGUGAAAAUUACCUUCAAAUCGAGCAACCUCUAGACUGAAUAUGUAAUAAUGAUUUACUCACGGAUUACUUGAAAUUGAUUCCAAAAAUACACUGGAAAUUUAACUUACUAAGUUCAAUCUGUGGGUACUGUUUACUUCAUCUAAUUGUGAGUUAGAGGUAGGAUUAUCGUCGACAGAUGCAUCAGCGAUUUCUGGCAUUGUAGAGCGUAUGAUAGAAAAUGGCAUCGCAGGAGAAUAUGUAGACGGUUCAGUGUUCCUUGAAUGGUUUGUUUUAUUAAUUUGGAGAGCGAAUUCGACUGGACCAUCGCAUACCACACAUGACAGAGUUGAUUUGGAUCCCCAAAAUAUCUGUCAAUAAUAAUAUGGAAUUCCAUUUUAGACAACACGAAUUAACAGUCUUCAUAAACACAUACACGAUGAUAAUUACCACAAAAAUCGGUGACUCAUUUGGCAUAAUUUGUUUUUUUUGUAGUGGGGACUGUGUUCCCCGUAUGUUGUUGUUUCAAGUCCGUGACAGCUAAUUUCCAGAUAUUCAGGUGAAUCUCAUGACGAUAAGAUUUCACAUAGAUUACAGGGGUGUCGGAAUUUAAGCGUAUGGACUUUAACGUACACGGUUUGUUACAGGUAACAGUAGUAGUAUGUCUAGUAUAUAUGAGUUAUGUAAGUAAGUAAGGAUUCACAGAUAACAAUAUCAAGCAAGAUGUAAAUAAACUAGUUUUGACUGACUUGGGAAAGAAUAUGAAAAUAACCAGUCUUUUAUCAUAAACUAGAAGUUCUAGUAGCUUGAUUAACUGAUUUGAGGUUUUCAACAACCAACAGAUUAUUUUGUAAAAUUUAGAUUACCGUGAAAAAUAACAUGUUUCGCAGUUAUCUUUGUUCAUAAAUAUGCAAAUAUAUUAGUGAAAGCACUGAAAUAUCAUUCUAUAUAUAGUGUGUCUGCUUUAUCCAAAAUAUUAUUACUUUUGCAGUAGUGCGUAUAUGGUAAGUUACAGUGAUACCAGAUAGUAACUUAAAAAAGUAAUUGAUCAAAGUGUCUCAUCUUAGUAGAUAUGCAUAAUAUCCAAAAUCAUGAAUUCAUGUGAUCAAACAGGUCAGAUGAUUCUUCUUAAGAUUAUAGCACUCGCCAAUGAUUUUAAAAGGUCGGUUAUUAAUAAUAUCUUUCUCGAGAACUGAUCUACAUGAAUUUACUCGUUUAGGACAAAGGGAAAUUGGAAAAAAUUCUUACAUGCAGUACUUCAUCAAGAGUAACUCCCAUUAACCAAUGUCCAUUGAUCUCCAAUAAUCUGUCACCCGGCUUCAAUCUGCCGUCUCGAGCAAUGACACCAUCUGGUGAAACCCAUGUAACAAAUAUUCCGUCAUCAUUGGCUAGUGAUGAGUAAUGUGAUCCUAAAUUAUUUAUCAUGUUACUAUCACUAGUGUUAAGUCCACCUGUAACACGUAAUCCAUAUCGUUCUCCAGGUCGUUUGGUCACAGUGAUACGCUGAAAUGAUAAAGAAAUGUCACAUUAAAACAAUAUUUGGAGACAGAUUUCAUACAUCAAGAAUUGGUGUUUCACUUACCCUUAGCCCUGGUGGAGGAGGAUCUCUGCGUACAUCUAAUUGUAGUUCUUUAACAGGUUGGAUUAAAGCUUGUACCGCUUCAUCAUGUGUAGCGUGUCUCAAGUCGACUCCAUUAACUUUAAGCACUCUAUCUCCGAUACGUAAGCCAGUAUUAAGUGCUGCGCCAUCUAGGGAGAUCUAAAAUGAUCAAAGUGAAGUAUACGGAAUUGAGGAGAGUAAAUGAAUCCCUUUAAUAUGAUGCUUAUACAUUCCUGGCGAGUCAGCUUUUCUGCAGUCAAAAGAACCUUUAAUUCUACAACCAAAUAGUGUUUAAUUUAUAGGUUCGUCUAUGACUUUCUCAAAAUUUCAUUACCUACGGAAGUUUCGAUAAAAGAAAAAGUAUAACUUGCCGAAGCAGAUCGUUUACGUUCAAUGAACAAAGGAAUAUGUUACUUGUACAAAUGCACUGCACGAUAUUCGUCUGACGCAAUGGUGAUUGGUG